AUGGCGUCUCAGGAUCGACAUGAGCAGCUACAAGAAUGCUACCCAGACGAGUCUUGGGCUUUGGGUAUAGCUAGGGUUAGGAAGAUGGUGGCAAAGUCCAAGAACAAGGGAACAGCGGCCCCGUCCAAGAAAAAGGAAGCCGUCACUACGUCAAAGGGCAAGGAAACCGUCACUACACCGAGUAAGAAUGAAAGUAGUGGGGAAUUUUCAUCGGAGAACGAAAUCAACAAAACAGCAAUGAGCCUUGAAUUCCCGCAGUCCAGCAACCAGGCAGCAGAGCCGAGCUCAAGCAAACGCAAGAAGCUUAACGAAAUGGAAAUCUCAGAAACGACUGAAACGGUCUCUAAGGUGAAACUCGAUGAUCGAACUCAUCUUGAGCUUGAGGAACUGAAAAUGAGCUACAAUGCCUUGCAUACGGCCCAUCAAUACCUUGUGAAAGUUCAGAGGGACGGGGAUGCGGAAACGGGACGGCUCAUAUAUGAGCUAAAGAUGAAGCUGAAUGAAAUACAAAUCAAGAUCGAAAGACAGGUUGACAUACUUGAUUUGAAACAAGGGAGAAAUGAGCGGGAGUUUUCACGCGCAAUGGAAACCAAUCAAGAGAGGAUUAUGACGGAACUGGAAUUAUCCAACAACCGUCACGAGAGUGAGCUUAGACUUUUGCGACUGAAACUCGAACGCCUUGCGAAAGAGAACGAGCAGUUGAAGAAGGAGAAUUUGGAGCAGAAAGCGGGAAAACGAAAGCUGGAAGAGAGAAUUUAUGCUCUGGAGGAGAGUUUCAAUGGUUUCCGAGCAGAACACACGUGGAAGGUCGGUGAGAUGUGGAGGCGUAUGAUGGGGAUGGAGUAA